CAGGCGGUCGGCUCGGCUCGGCUCGGCUCGGCCCGGCUGUGCUCGGGGGAGGGCUGUCAGGUUCGGGUUGCCAUGGCAGCGAGGGACGCUGGGCUGCCGGGCGCGGAGGGAGCCGGCCGCCCCUCAGCGCCGCCUCGCCCCGCCGCUGCCCGGGGCGGCCGCCGGUGUGUGCUGGGCCUGCAGCCGGGGAGUCGGAGCUCCGGCCCCUCGGGCGGCCGCUUCUCUUCCCGAGAGGCCGGGCUUGUCCAGGGAUUUACAGCCUCCUUAUCUCAGAAGAACAAAACUACUUUGAGUGGAAGGAAAUCUGCAAAAUAUGGCCUGAAGCAGGAGUCCGUGGCACCUUUGCAGACUAGUCCAACGAUGUGUACUGUGAAUAGCUCAGAUGCUACCUGGCUACUAAGACUUCCGAGACCUGUGAGAGAAUGUGAUUGGCAAAGGCCUUGGCAGGCAGCGGAUGAUGAAAGCCGAGACAUCAUUGCUUCUGCUCAGUGCAUCUUGGACAGAGAAAAUUAUUUUGUGAGGGAGGUGGACAGGUAUUUGAGGCACAAUGAUUUCUUAAAUCUGAGGAAGAAGGAGAUCCUGUACAAGAAAUGGCUUGAGGAUGUUUCAGAGCCACUGCUACAGAAAAUUCAGGACAAAAUGGAAAGCCAGUCAAGCGAAGAAAUACGGAAAAGGAAAGAACAACAACACUCUCUCUAUUUAAACUACUGUAAUAAUAAGGGCUAUGUGGCUUUGGAAGCUUAUGACCCAUCAGAGUACGACCCGUUCUUCCUGAAGACAUGUACAGACUGCUGGAAGGUUUCAAUACCAACUUUACAGGAUCCUCUGUUAGAAGACAUUCAAAGAAAGUUUACUGAGACAGGCAUUAUCAAGCAGUGUGAGACAGGAAGACCGUACUCUUCCAAAGAGCUGACCGAACUCAGUAAAGCAGAACGGCCGCUGCUUCCUUUGAGCCGACAACGUAUGGAUGCAGUUGAGUGGCUGAAGGUACCACAUGCCUACAUUGCUAGUGAGGUCCACCAAAUGAGGAGGCGGAAAGUCAUCAGCCACCACAAAGACAGUGAGAGCCAAUGAUGUCACCUGUCCUCUGGCUGACUGCAGCGGCAAGCACAGCCAUCAGAAGGUACCAUUUCCAAAAUACACGACAUCUUCUGCCAAAACAAGUGAUUACAGACCAGGUCUUCUGGCAAACUGCAAUAAAUUCAUUGUCCUAAACAUGUGGUUCUGAAGUACUGUUGCCCAGCAACCAAAGAAACGUUUGAGAUGCUGCUCCUGUUAUUUCCAGCUCCAGCACUACAGGCCACAACCUGCUAGUUUAGGCGGUUUAACUUAGGCUCAGCUCUACAAAGACAGUGCUGAUGUUCUCUGGUUUAUAGGGUGACAGAGCCUUUGCGUUAAAGGAGAUGAACUGGUGAGCGAAGUCAAAGACAUCUGCUAGGCCCCUCUUCCGUGCAGUGCAGAAUCUAUGUGUUAAGCCCAGCUCUGGCAACGGCUACAGCCACGUCCGCUGUAUUUCACGUUACAAGAAGCGUGAAUGUUAGCAGCGGGCAGAGGGAAGGGCAAAGCUUGCAAAAUCUGCUGUUGCAAUUUUGCAUGAAGCUGAAAGAGGUCACCUUAAGAUUUAAGAACAAAGCAUCUCUUUGAAUGAGAAGGAGGAGAAGGUGCUGCUGGCUCUGCGCGGGGUUUAGCAGAUGUGUACUUAGAAAGCACUAAUAAGGAAAUAAUUACCUGGUUUUGUUUGUUCGGCUCCUUAUCAGAACUCCCAUAGCGAAUAUCUUGCAAAACAUUAUUAGGUUACUACCAAGGUUUCAAAGGACUUUCUCCUGGAGGCAGUGUACAAGCGGUAAACCAAACUUUAACAUCUAUAUUGUGUGUUUGGAGAAGGCAGGAGGGGGAGAUGGAAAGUGUUCUUGUACAAGAUGUCUAGCACUUUUCAGAGAGUCGGUGCUGAGCGACAAAUGCGGUCGGUGCCCUGCAAAUCGGUUUCCCUCUUGUUCCAGUGUGGUCCCUGCCUCCCCGCUGGUGGCACUGCACAGCAGCUCUGGCGUCCAAGCCUGAAAACAGAAUUUUCUCUGUGCUUGUUCAAGAAGCUCCAAACUCCCACUGUACAGACACGAGCUCUCAAGAGUUGCCAAGAUUUACUUUUAUUUAGGAUUAGAAAUAACUGAACCACAGAAAAGUGUUAAA